AUGAAGGCAGCAGACAUCAGAUCCUCUGUGCAGAGACCUCUACAGCACAGAGAUCCACACAUGGCUCCUACAAUCACUGCAGCAAUGACCAACUCUCAGGAGCACCUGCCUCUGACCCACAAGCUCAGGAAGCCUCUGGUGGAGAAGUUACGCAGAGAGAGAAUCAACAGCAGCAUUGAGCAGCUCAAGUCUCUCCUGGAUCCAGAGUUCCUCAAACAGCAGCCAGACUCCAAGCUGGAGAAAGCAGACAUCCUGGAGAUGACCGUUUGUGUGCUGAGACGACUGCAGCAGCAGAAUCGUCAGGCUGUGGACUCAGCAGCUGUUGGACAGGGCUACUCCAGAUGUGUCCAAGAGGUGACCCACUUCCUGCGUGAGGAGCAGGUGGAGACACAGUCCCAGAGAAGACUGCUGAACCACUUCAACAAGCUGCAGUCUUCCUGUGAGAAGAAGCUGAGAGAGGCUGACUUCUCUCCUCUGAGCUCCACAGUCCAGACCAGCAGCAGCAAAGACAAGAGUCCAGUGAGCAGCGCCCCCUGGAGGCCGUGGUAGACUCCUACAGGCUGCAGCUGCUACCAGAGACACUGAGAGGACCACGUUGGUCAAAGAUGACUGGAAAGGAAUUCUUCUCAAUUCUACAAUGUUCUGAAUUUGUUCUUCUGGUUGAACAGAAGUUAUUUUGUCUCUUUUCUUUGAGGAAGAUGAUAUUUCUUGAGGAAAUGACGUCAACUUUAUCUUUCAAGUUGAGAAAGAGAACGUCUUGUCAUGCAUGUUGCAUGAAGCAAAUCUGAUUGCAUCAGCAAUAAUUAUUAUACAUCACUGUGCUUCAUGUUGGUGGAGUGGUGAAAGAUAUGGAUACCAAUGGUAUCUUUGAACUGUUAUUGAUCAUUUUGAUCAGAAACUAUUAACUCUUAAUCUCUCGGAUUACUGCAAACUGAUCUAGAUAUUAGAUCCAAAUGUAAAUCUUUGUUUUUUCCAAAAGAUUUGAUUAAUGUCACAUUUUCUCUGUGAUAAUUUAAUUCCUUUCUGCAUGUCAUGUUUUGGUACAAUAUUAUGUAUUGGUGAUAUUUGUCACAUCUCGAUUAAUAUUAGUAUCAAAUAUUAAGAUAUUGAAAAUGUUAAUAGGCCCUUUAUUGACUUUUCUUCAAUUCAUGUGAUCAUCAGGAAAUGAUCUGUUUAAAGAUCAAUAUGUUUAUUCUUUUAUUGUUAAAGGUUUGUUAAUCGUCACAUUGACACAGUUUUCUUGUGACAAUGUGAAAUUGUAGAUGCUUGAAUUCAAAUGAAUUUAAUGUUUAAUUAGAAGAAUGUGACCUUUUGUAAGGUCAGUUUUUCAUAUUGGUUUUCUUCACUAAGUGAAAAGUAUUUUUAAAGACAUCGAGUACCAUGUCCUCAAAUAUUAUAAACUGUUUGUCUUUCAUGAAGACGGUUGUUCCUUUACUCUCUGUGAGUACAGUGUGUCUUGUACAAACCUACAAGUUGUUGUUGUGAUGAAUCAUCACCUUUAGUUGGAGUUUUCAUUCUUCAUGUGGCUCAUUGUGACUUUGUUUAAUAAACAGACACUUCUAACUGAAA